UCUAUAUCAAAGUUCUUCUAUUCCAAAUAUUUAUUCUCCUUACUAGCUUCCACUUCCUUAGUAGAAUCUUUCUAUCUUAGUUAAUGAUCUUGGGGUAGCAGAAGGCUUCCCGAAUAACAUUUUUAUUUUGCUAUUAUCUACAUGGUAUUAGAGCCAUAACCAUGGAUUGACUUGUGGUUGUUAUUUCAAGAUCGGAUUGGAGGUAGAUUCAACUUUUUUGUCUAUAUGAAUUUUAGCGAUCGUGUUAAUGGACUAAGGAUGGAGUUGUUUAAUUAGUCUAAUUACAAGGUAUGGAAGACAUGUAUGGAAUCAUACUUUGUGGGAGAGGAUUUGUGAGAUGUUGUUAAUGGGAAUGACACAAGUCCUCUUGCUGACGGACUGGAAAAUAGUAGUGCAUACAAGUAAUGGAAGAAGGUUCAUGCGAAGACAGUUCAUUAUGAAGAGGACAAUCUCCUCCGAUUUAUUUGAGUACAUUAUAAAGUGUAAAUCGGCUCAAGAUAUAUGGAAGACCCUCGAUCAAUUAUUCAACAAGAAGAAUGAAGCUCGGUUGCAGAUAUUGGAGAAUGAAUUGGCUAACACAACUCAAGAUGAGGCUAUUUAUGAAGCAAGAAUUAAAAGAAUUUUCAUUCCUUGUUUGAAGCCUGAAUAUAUCCCGUCUAUGACGUCGAUUAAAGGAUGGGAUCAACAACCAUCAUUGGAGGAAUCUGAAAAUUUGUUGUCGUAACUCGAAUUACUAGCAAAGCAGUUGGCUAGUGUGUUUGUCAAAGAGGUAGAAGGAGAUGCUCUUCUAGCUAACAAGAACAAAUUCAAAGGAAAAUCAAGAGGUAUGUCACACACUCGAUCCUUAGGUGAUCCUGAAAAAGGAAGAGUCUUCUAACUAUUAUGACAAGAGGCUUCUUAGAUGUUAUCGAGGUGGAAACAUAGGUCACAUAAAAUGAUAUUGCCGAGCCAAAGAGAGCAAUGUGGCACAAAAAGUUGCUGAAGAACAAGAAGAGUGGGAACCAUGAUUAGCAGUUGAGGCUCGAGCAAUAGAUGUCAUGAUUUCCAUCAAUGCUUUCACUAUAAAUAAAGGAUAUUCAAUCGAUAUCUCUUUAAGCAUCUUCUUUGAAAACACACAAUAUUAAUUAGAACAAUAUUUAUUGAUAAACUUAGGUGUGAUAUCUAUCUUUUUAUUUCACAUUUUAUAUGUUCCCUUUAUAUUUAUUACAAGUCAAAUCUAUGUAUGU